AUGACUUCAACCGAGAGAACAACUCCUACGCCCAUGGCAGAUUCAUCGCCAUACUACGACCUCGUAUGCGUCGGCUUUGGCGCAGCGCAAUUGGCAACAGCCAUUGCCAACCGCGAAUCCAGCAAACCUUCGAAGAUGCUCUUUGUUGAGAAGAAGACCUCCUUCUCAUGGGCAUCAGAUUCGCAAAUGUCGAGAACACGGAUGGAAAGCCCAUUCAUGUACGAUCUCGCAACACUCCGCAACCCAAGGACUGCUUUCAGCUAUGUCAACUAUCUGCUUGCUCGCAAGCGCCUCAUCGAGUUUGCAAACUCAGACCGACUCAACCCUCUGCGAGAAGAGUUCGAGGACUAUAUGAGGUGGUGCGCUGAGCACUUCAAAGAUGAGGUACGCUAUGGCAGCGAGGUUGUUGGCGUAGCUCCAGAGGUAGAUUCGGAUGCUGUACAAAGCUGGAAAGUGGCUGUCAAAGACAGCGCCGGCAAGACGCAUGUAGUGCGAGCACGAAGCAUAGUCGCUCCCUCACCAUCAAGAAUGAGCAGUCCAGCUGCGGAGCCGUUGCCCACCGUCGACUUCUUGUCUGGACAGCGAAUAAUAUCGAUGCACAACUACCCCAGCAGGCGGAACGAAUUGCGAGGUGCAAACGAGCGACCAUUGAACAUUUCCCUCGUCGGAUCCGGCGAAAAGACUACGGAGAUUCUCGACGAUUUGUUGUCGUGCCCCCGCCUGGGCAACAUUACAGUCGUUACAGAAGACGAGUCGUUGGCGCCAUUGACGGUUCUCAACGACAGCAAGCCAUCGCAACCCCAACUCUGCUCCAUUUGGGCGAAGCCAACCAGCAAUCAGACAGCUUCUGUGACAGAAGCCUCAGAGCUCGUCCAGAAGAUCUAUGACCGCGCGUACGAGAAGCAAGUCCGAUCCAAGGGCGAGUACAGACUACGCGUCAUCAUUGGAAAAGAUGCCGCUGGCGCGUGCUCACAGUCCGACUUCAUCAUUAGGGAUACGACAACAAACCCGCUCUCCAACACCGCACUAUUCCAGAGCAUCGACACGCUCAUCUUAGGCUGUCGGCCAAAGGGAGAUAGCCUGGAGGAAGUGCAAUUCAAGCGUGGCGCUGUCGCUGAGGGCUGCCGCUUGUGGCUGGUGUCCUCAAAGUCUAAUGGAGGACGUGCGUUAGCCAAGGACAUCGCCUUGAUGGCAGGUGAGAUCGUGCGCAAGGUAUCGACAGGGUCUGAUGCUGUACGGGAUGGCGCCGGACUACAAGUCCAGGCUAGGAUAUAG